AUGCGCGGAUCGAAGGACCGCGUGGAGGUGUUCAAGCUGUCGGAGAACCUCUGGUUCGCUGGAACCGCGCAGCUUCCGCCGAUCGAAGACGCUGUUAGUAGUAACGGCCCGCUCCCUCCACCGGGUGGAGACUCCGCUUCCGCGGGAGGCGGCGGGAACAGCGGCGGAGAUAGCAGCGGAAACCACAGCACCACCGCCGGCGAUUCCCGCGCGUCAUAUGCGGCGGACGACCCGCGCGACAGGGAGGCGCGGAAGGAGGAGCUGCUUGGGCGGAUUCGCGGCGGCGGACUCGACGAGAAGACGCGCGAGGCCUUGGCGGAAGCAGCAAGCUCCGCGGCGGCCGCCGCUGCAUCUGCGCCCGCCGCUGCGCCUGCGAGCGCGCCGGCUCCCGCUGUGGAUCCGCUCGGGCAACAGAUGGAGGAGCGAUUGGCGGAGGUGGGGGAAUUCUCGGCGCGCAUGACGGAGCUGAAACAAGUGGUGAAGCGGAAACCGGCGGUUGGGUUUCCCGGUAUAAGCCAGUACAGCCUAGUGAACAGUGGUACACCGCCUAAAUACAACGAUACAGUGGUCCGUGUAACCCCUCCUGACGUCGCUCUGUGUGUGGGCAACGGAUACAUCCUUCACACUGUCAACAUUGCAAUGGCUGUGUACGACAAGCAAGGGAAGCAGCUCACUCGCAUCAUCACAACCAACGAGUUCUUUGGCAUGCUGCCAUGGGUGGUGGAGAAGAGGGACCCGUUCAAAGAAUCAGUAUUCGGAGACAACAUCGGUGACAUGACAUGCACGUAUGACCGCCAGUCCCGGCGCUUCUACCUCUCCACCUACUGGAGUUCAGGGGGUGGCAACAACACGUAUGACAAGUUUGGGCAGACGAGGAGGAGGGGCGACGUGACAGUUGGCGCAGGGAUGAUAGUGGCAGCGUCAACCACGGACGACCCCACACAGCCCUGGAACUUUCGGUCGCACCCUUUUUCUCACAUUUUCUCACUUCUCACCCUUUCUCACGUUCAUCCGCUGCUCUCCACAUGCCUCUUCCUGCAACAGCAGCCCCAUUCCAGACUGUUUAUAUCCCUGCUCUGUCCUUCUCACCUAGUUCCUCAAAUUCUCCUCUUCUCUUACUUUCCAUCUCCCUCUUUCUCCUCUCUGUUUCCUCCCUCUCCCCACCUCCUCACCCCACACCCCCCCUCCCAGCAACGAUGGCAUCAACUCCAAUCCGGACUGGAGGGCGCCUCUCCACUCCCAGGCAACGAUGGCAUCAACUCCAAUCCGGACUGGAGGGCGCCUCUCCACUUCAACUCGUCUCGACUCACCACGUUCUUGGACUACCCUCAGAUCGGCACAGAUGCCUAUGGUAUGUGUGUUGGGAAUAAGCAGCAAUCAUGUGCCUAUGGUAUUGCAAUCGCCAAGUCCCAGCUCCAAGCACCCGAGAAUGCCACCAUUCUCCGCUUCGUCGUGCCUUACACUGCGAGCGUUCUCAGUCCAUCCUACACCAUCUACCCUCAGAAGGUCGCUGCCGAUGGGGACUACGACUACCGCCACGGCGGCACCAUGUAUUUCGGAUGGACGGGAGUUAACCCCAACCGUGGUGCUCCAAACGAAACCGUGCUUAUCACCAACUUCACCACAGUGGGAGCCUUUGCUAUAACGGGUACAAGCGCUCUGGGAACCCCUGAAGCCGAGCGCUUGGUCGAACCCCACUGUGCGGCCGUCAACACUCCGCCGUUCUUCAUUCCCCGGCCUGUGGAGCAGAAGCCCGGGCCUGUUCCUACAGCUUGGCAGAUGAACAGUACGAUCAAGCCCAUCGGCCCUUCAGAGAUCGAUGCGAGAGGCGUGGUGGUGAAUCCGGAGAGCAGGCGCAUGUGGGUCAGCUUUAUGUCGGCGUUUGGCAAGGAGAUGAGUGCUGCUGCCGUGGUGGUGAGGCUUCGCCUGUCCCUCCGGCCUCAGCGCAAGUGGCGCACGCUUCGGGUGUUUUUGGAGCGGUUCAAAGUGGUGGGGGUGGGCGGAGGGAACAGCCUCAUUCAGGGCACCAUCGCCCUCAACAGGCACGGCGUGGGCAUCAUAGCAGCAUCGCUGGCAGGGCGUUCCUUCUACCCCUCAGCUGCCUAUGCCACUCUCAACGCCAAUGUGGAUGUCGGCCGCGUCGUCAUUGCCGGCCCGGGGAAAGCGCCUCUCGAUGAUUACACGGGGUACCGCGUUGGUGCAACGGAGAUGCGAUAUGGUGACUACAUGACGGCAACGGUGGACGAGGAGGGCAACGCGUGGGCGGCAGUGCAGUAUGUGGCGGGGCAGCCGCGCACCGAGUGGAGCAACUGGGCUGCCUUCGUCUUCAAAGAGGCUGGUGGGAGGAGAAGGGGGGCAGGGGUGAACGAGGAGGGCAACGCAUGGGCAUCAGUGGCGGGGCACCCCAGGACUGAGAGGAGCAACUGGGGCACCUGCGUCUCCUUGCACGAGGGGGGGGACAAGGAACAAGGGGAAUGGGCUUAA